CCCCGCAGAGUCGAGCUCACGCCAUCUUGCCACCCCCCCACCCCGUUCCCGCCACACAGCCGAGUCACCUUUUCCCUUUCUACAUUCUCUGUCCCCCACUCCGCCCCUUUCCAAUCGUAUCCCGGGCCUCAGCAACAGAAACCGCGCCAUCUCUACCCCUACAUUCUCCACGCGGGACGCGCAGCCGUGCCUACAAGUGUCCUUAAAGCAGAGAUGAAUAAUACUGCAGCUAGCCCAAUGUCUGCUGCCACUUCAAGUAGUGCAAGAAGUACAGGGAAGGCUAUAAGUUUUGCAGCAGAAUUGCAGAGUAUGAUGUUUUCUUUAGGUGAUGCUAGGAGACCUCUUUAUGAAACAGCAGUUUUGGUAGAAGAUGUGGUACACACUCAAUUAAUUAAUCUGUUGCAGCAAGCUGCCGAAGUUUCUCAGCUGCGGGGAGCAAGAGUAAUCUCUCCUGAAGAUCUUCUGUUUUUGAUGCGCAAAGAUAAGAAAAAGCUUAGAAGACUGCUAAAAUACAUGUUUAUCCGAGACUACAAAUCAAAGAUCGUCAAAGGCAUAGAUGAAGAUGAUCUUCUAGAAGACAAACUAAGUGGCAACAGUAAUACAAACAAAAGACAGAAAAUUGCUCAGGACUUUCUCAACUCUAUUGACCAGACAGGAGAACUUUUGGCAAUAUUUGAAGAUGAUGAAAUUGAUGAAGUUAAACAAGAAAGAAUGGAGAGGGCAGAAAGACAGACUCGAAGUAUGGAUUCAGCUCAAUAUGCAGAAUUCUGUGAAAGUCGACAAUUAAGCUUCUCAAAAAAAGCUUCCAAAUUUCGAGACUGGUUGGACUGCAGUAGCAUGGAGAUAAAACCCAAUGUUGUUGCUAUGGAAAUUUUAGCAUAUUUAGCAUAUGAAACAGUGGCACAGUUAGUGGAUCUGGCUCUUCUUGUGAGACAGGACAUGGUAACCAAGGCAGGGGACCCCUUCAGCCAUGCCAUUUCUGCAACUUUCAUUCAGUAUCACAACUCUACUGAGGGGUCUUGCAUGAAGUCCUGCCCAGACUCCCCUGAGAACACGCCACCUCCUACACCAACAGCUCCAUCAUCUGGAUCCCAGCACUCAGGGAGAACCACAUCAGGAUCCCUAGUAAGUGGGAGCGCUGCACAGGACUCCACUAAAACCAAGCAAAGGAAAAGAAAAAAGAGCACUGCGGCCUGUGGUGUUGAGGCUCACAGCGAUGCCAUCCAGCCCUGCCACAUCAGAGAGGCCGUUCGACGCUAUGGCCACAAGAUUGGCCCCCUUUCCCCAUUCACAACUGAAUGGAUCACAUUAUUUACAGAGUGCCUACCGCAGAAAUGGGAUGGCUUUUCUAGCCUGCUGAUGUGGCUACUGCGACGGGAAGGGCGGUGUUAUGCUGAGGUGCUUUCUCUUGAACAAAAUAAAAGUUUAGCUUCUCCGUAUCUUCAGGAGUGGACUGGCUUAUUGUGACUACCAACUGGCUGACUCCUGCUCUUUUCUAGCCCCCUCAACACUUAGACUUGUUUACUAGAUGGAUCAUUUAGCUAAUUAAUGGCAGGAUGUUUGGGAUAGCAUGUAGGUGGACAAAAAUGCAGAUCACAUGAUUUUGAAAUUUUAAUUUGGCAUGGAUUUGCUACCCUCGACGCACAUAUUCUAAAAGCAAUGCCUUUCCACCCCAUUGUGUUUAGUCUUGUUUGAUACAUUUCACAAUCCAGGUUUGGGACAAUGGAGGCAAAAUUAAAGGACAGUUGAUCUUCUCUUCCCACUGUCCUACCAAUUUUACUUUCCAACACUUACUGACUAUAUUCCAUCUAUUUUAGAGACAACUAUUUGUUUUAUAACUAAUCAAAGAUCUAACUGACCUGAUGAACUGCCUGUUUCCCUCUCAUCUUCCCUUCCCCUAUUACUGUAUCUGAAUAUGGGUCAUUUUCAUGCCUUCUUCCCAACUUCCUGCCAUCAGUUGUGUUUUUCUCCUCACACGGAACUUCCUCCGUUUCCCUCCUUUCCCCUGCUUCUCUUGAUAAGGCCACCAUCCUAUCCAUGCCCUGCCCUAUCCGAAGCAAUCAGAAGCAGUAGAAGGGAGCAGAAGAGCUUGCUUCCUCCCUUGAGCACCGCCACCAAGCCGGAGACUGGACAGCCACAUUGCUUGCUGGGAGAAGCUGCACUACCCUUCUGGCAUCUAUACUUUCUGUGGUAAAUGAGGAACUCUAACUCUUGGGAACAAACCAAAAUAUGGCAGAUGAAAUUGUACAGUUCCUGAUUAAACAUGAAUUGCAAAGAAAGAAGUUAUUUCUUUUAAUUCUGUGGGAAUUUUGUGUAAUUUAACUUUUAUCAUGGUUUUACACACAUCCAAACAACAUUUUAUAAAGAAUUAAUAAAAACAGAAAUGAGA